AUGAGGUUGCUAUUCAACCACGUCAUCCACUCGUACGUCUACGAUGAUUCAUCAUUUCCAAAGUGCUUUGAUCUAUCACCAUGCAUGGCCACCAUCACGAAGAUAAAGCUCUUGGACCAAAAGCUGAACCUCGUGUACAGGAAAAAGACCAAACAACAGCCGGCCGAAUUAUUUAUUCGGAUGACGGAGCAGGCGAAACAGUUGCCUGAAUACGAUGACGUGGUUCGAUGCCUUUCAGUCAUCCGGGAAGGCAUCGAGAGCAACCUGGGUGAGCUGGAACGCACGUUCACUGCGACGGAUGGGACCAUCACCGUUCGCAGUGAAAAGAACAGCGGUCCAGCAGAGAAGAAGAUAUCGGGGUUGUGGAGAAAGACUACGGCGGCUCUGGCCAUACAAAUACUGUGGAUGACAAAACAGCGUAGCGGUGUGGCCGUCAACAUGACACUGAGGGAGUGGGAGAAUCGGGUCCACCAAGAAAAUAAAAUUGUAGUAAUGGUCGCCGACCACAAGACCGGGAACAAGGAGCCGGCCACCCUUGUCUUCAACGAGCAGAUGGAGAAGUGGUUGGGCCGUUACUACAACCUCCGAAGAAGAACUGGUUAUGAUCGGCCAAACUUUUUCGUCACUAACCGAGGCGAAAAAAUUGUGAAGAUUUACGACGACGUGACGAGGAUUUUCGGACAAAAAUUAACGGCUUCCGUUUUUAGAAAAAUGGUAGAGACGUCCGGCCGCGAUCACGAUGCUGUAACGUCUGGGGCAAUCGCCGAGGCUUUACAGCACUCUGACCGCACAGCCAAACAGUGCUAUCGUCUGCCGGACGCGUCUGAAGCUCUCCGGCGGAACCAACAGAUAGAAACCGUUGACCACACGGCGUUGGUCAAGUCGUACGUUGAUAAAAAUUUUGAAGAUCUGUUCCCGCUGGAACCAUACAUAAAAUUUGACGCCGAAGAAUGGCGGGCCAAGAUCCGAGACUGCCAGGCAUUUGAAGAAUACCCGUCAGCCACAAUCGAUCUGUUCUACGUGGAGAAACUGGGAGACAGAUUCGAUGGUGCCGUGUACAUACGAAGAGCAGAGAUCCUGGCAGAGGAAAUGACAAAGGAAAAGUACACGAAGAAUAACUAUUCAGAACACGCCGUGAUUGACCUGGCGAAAAUGAGAAAAAUUAGUUACUUCUUAAAAAACAUUAAAUACCGAAAGAAGAUACUUAUUAAAGUAAAAUCAUUGUUACCAUAA